CGUCGCGCUGGAGGUGACGCAUAACGGGUGCGACGCCGCGGCUGUGGAGCGGGCGCCGGCGGAGCGGAGGGAACGUGUUGAGGCUUGGGGGCCGAGGGAAGGAGGCAGAAGAAAGAGAAGGUGCUGACUGUAUGGGUGCAUAAGUGAUAGCAGUUCCCUAGUUUCUUACCCAUAUAUUCUUCAUAUGUGAACCUGGACAGGAAUUUUGCUCCGGUUGCAAGUGUACCAAAUGACACACACUCAUACUUAAGAGGAUUUUAUUUGUUUGUCGCAGAGAGCUGGAUCUAGAACCAUUAUAAUUGUGUGCUGUACAUAAACAUCUGCAGUUCUCUUGGAGCAAGAGUUUAUUUCUCAGUGUGGUGUCCCAAUGGGAGAUGAAAAGGAUAACUGGAAAGUAAAAACUCUUGAAGAAAUUUUGCAGGAAAAGAAACGACGAAAAGAGCAGGAGGAAAAGGGUGAUGUGAAACGUCCAAAAAAUUUGGAUGACAGGGAUUCUAAGCGGGACUCACUGGAGGAAGGAGAGCUUCAGGAACACAAGGACAAGAUGGAGAUAACUAUACGUAAUUCACCACACCGACGAGAAGGAUCUAUAGAUGAUCGAGGUGAGGAGGAUGAUUCUUUGGCAAUAAAGCCUCCUCAACAAACCUCUAAAAAAGAAAAAUCACAUCACAGAAAAGAGGAACGGAGAAAGGAAAAGAGAAGACAUCGAAGCAGAUCAGCUGAAGUCUUCAGAACUGAAUCAUGGGAAACGAAGACUGUUACGAAGAAACUCAAAGAAUUUAAUGUCUACAGGGCACUUAAGGCAGAUGAGAUGAACUUUAAAAUCUUCAAGGAAAUGAGCCAAGAAAUGGGAAAACACAUCAGAGGGAAGGAGAAAGAUAAGGAAAAGGAGAGGGAGCAUGAGCGAAGGAAACGACAGCGAGAAGAGCAAGAUAAGGCGCGUAGAGAACGGGAAAGGCAGAAACGGAGAGAACUUGCCAGAGAACAUUCCAGAAGAGAAAGGGACCGUCUUGAGCAACUUGAGCGUCAGAGGGAACGGGAGAGGAGAAUGAGGGAGAGAGAGCAACUACAGAAAGAACAGUGGGAACAGAAAGAACGAGAAAGGCACAAGGGACGAGAUAUCAGGAGAGAAGUAAUGAUACAGCAGAGAAUAGCAAUUAAUGACUAUCAUGAAAAAAUAAAGUCUCAUCAUAGGAGUCAUAGCCCAAUGUGGCGUCACACAGAGAGGAUUGAACUUGGAGGUGGAAGAAAAAUUGUAAAGGAAGAGAGGCAUGAAGAAAAAGAUCUACUGUCUGAUUUACAGGACAUAAGUGACAGUGAAAGAAAGACAACAUCUGGUGAAUCUUCCUCAGGGUCUGCAACUGCCUCCGAGGAAGAAGAGAGCAGCAGCGAGGGAUCUGAAGAGUCACCUAGUCUGUCUGAGGUUGAAUCUGAACAGUCUCCUGGAGAAAUUAGUGAAGAGGAGGAGCCCAGUGAUGAAGAAAGGCAGAAUGGAAAUCACAUUCAAAUUGUUACAGAAUCAAAAUUUGAUCAUGAUUCAGAAGAGAGUGUGGAGGAAGAAGAGGAGGAGAUGGAAGAGGAGGAGAGCCCAGUCUCAAAUACUCCCACCGAAGGGGAAUAUGUUCCUGAUUCUCCGCCUGUUUCACCAGUUGAACUGAAGAAAGAAUUGCCACGGUACUUGCCUGCUCUUCAGGGUUGCCGCAGUGUGGAAGAAUUUCAGUGUCUUAAUAGAAUCGAAGAAGGAACUUACGGUGUAGUUUAUAGAGCUAAAGAUAAAAAGACGGAUGAGAUUGUGGCUUUGAAACGAUUGAAAAUGGAAAAGGAGAAGGAAGGAUUUCCAAUUACAUCUCUUCGGGAAAUCAACACAAUUUUGAAAGCACAGCACCCGAACAUUGUGACUGUUCGAGAAAUUGUAGUGGGAAGCAACAUGGAUAAGAUAUACAUUGUUAUGAAUUAUGUUGAACAUGACCUCAAGAGCUUAAUGGAAACCAUGAAGCAACCAUUCUUACCAGGUGAAGUUAAAACACUGAUGAUACAACUUCUAAAAGGUGUUCGACAUCUUCAUGAUAACUGGAUCUUACAUCGAGACUUAAAGACAUCUAAUCUAUUACUGAGUCAUUCAGGAAUCCUCAAGAUUGGUGACUUUGGACUUGCUCGAGAAUAUGGCUCCCCAUUGAAACCUUACACGCCAGUAGUAGUAACUCUCUGGUAUCGAACCCCUGAGCUGCUACUUGGAGCAAAGGAAUACUCAACUGCUAUUGAUUUAUGGUCAGUGGGCUGUAUCUUUGCUGAAUUCCUGACUCAGAAACCUUUGUUUCCAGGGAAAUCUGAAAUUGAUCAGAUUAACAAAAUUUUUAAGGAGCUAGGCACACCAAGUGAGAAGAUCUGGCCCGGUUACAAUGAACUUCCUGCAGUGAAGAAAAUGACCUUUACUGAAUAUCCGUUUAACAACCUGCGGAAACGGUUUGGGGCCCUUUUAUCUGAUCAAGGCUUUGACCUCAUGAACAAGUUCUUGACUUAUUGCCCUGCUAAAAGAAUUACAGCUGAAGAAGCAUUAAAACACGAGUAUUUCAGGGAGACCCCACUCCCUAUAGAAUCGGCCAUGUUCCCAACCUGGCCUGCAAAGAGUGAGCAGCAACGAGUUAAACGUGGCACUAGUCCUCGGCCCCCUGAGGGUGGGCUUGGUUAUAGUCAACUGGGUGAUGACGAUUUGAAAGACACAGGCUUCCACCUGACAACUACAAACCAGGGAGCCUCUGCAGCUGGACCAGGUUUCAGCCUCAAGUUCUAAUGCACUGACUUUUUAUUUGAAGAUCAGGGUGAAAGACAAUUCAGUAGCUCAAAGAUGCCUUUCAAGUUUGGUAUCUUAAACUCUGCUGUCUAGUAGAAGUUGUGCUGUAUCUCUUGUACAGCAUCACGCAUCAAUAAGUUCCAUCUUUCAGUUUUUUAAAACUUUUAAAUAUCCAUUUGUAAAAUGUAAAAUAAUUCAGUCAAGUCACUUGCAAUGUGGAGAAUAAUUGUUCAACUUGACUGGUUAAAGUGGAAUAUUUUGUGUACAUGUAGAGUUUUGGUAAGUUUAAAAAUAAACUCGAGUAAAAGUUCA